AAAGAUAUAUAUACAUAUACAUAUAUCACCGGUCAUGGACGUCUUAAGCUUGGUGAUGUUUGUUUCAAGUCUGAGCCUCUUUCUCUCUACCAGCGGCGCCGUCCAUGUGUGUGACGUGGCUAAUGAAGUCAACUUGGAGAUGGAGCGAUGCGAAAACAAAACUGCUGCAAAUAUAACAUCAGGCUGCAAAGGAAUGUGGGACAUCAUCGCCUGCUGGCCGUCAGCCAGAGUCGGAGAGCUAGUGGUGAUUCCAUGCCCGACCUACUUCAGGCACAUCAGCGAGCACAACGGAGGUAAUCUCUCCAAGACUUGCACGGCGGACGGCUGGACUGAAGUGCAGCCCCUAAUGGUCGCUGUGAACUGUGGGUAUAAUCUCAACGGCACUGUCGAUGAUGAUAAUUUCUUCAGGUCGGUUAAGAUUGGCUACACCAUCGGACACAGCGUCUCUCUCAUCUCUCUGACGACAGCCAUCAUCAUACUGUGUAUCUUCAGGAAACUCCACUGCACGAGGAAUUACAUUCACAUCCACCUCUUUGUGGCCUUCAUCCUCAAAGCCAUCGCGGUGUUGAUUAAAGACGUCGUCCUCUACGAUGUCCAUCAGGAGUCAGAAAACUGCUCCAUUGGCUCGGUUCAGGUUCAGGUCGGCUGCAAAGCCGUCAUCGUCUUCUUCCAAUACUGCAUCAUGGCGAGUUUCUUCUGGCUUCUGGUCGAGGGCCUGUACCUCCAUGCCCUGUUGGCUGUCUCGUUUUUCUCAGAGAGAAAAUACUUCUGGUGGUACAUCUUAAUUGGAUGGGGAGGACCGAUGAUUUUCAUUACAGCCUGGAGCUUUGCCAAAGCAUAUUUCGACGACGUUGGGUGCUGGGAUAUUAUCGAGAACUCAGACCCAUUCUGGUACAUCAUCAAAACGCCGAUAUUAGCUUCUAUACUGAUGAACUUCAUCCUGUUCAUUUGCAUCAUACGCAUCCUGCGGCAGAAGAUCAACUGCCCUGACAUCGGGAGAAAUGAAUCAAAUCAGUAUUCGAGGCUGGCUAAAUCGACGCUGUUGUUGAUUCCUCUCUUCGGGAUAAACUUCAUCAUAUUUGCCUUCAUCCCAGAACACAUCAAAACAGAGCUGAGGCUGGUGUUCGACCUCAUCCUGGGUUCCUUCCAGGGCUUUGUGGUGGCUGUACUGUACUGCUUCUUGAAUGGAGAGGUUCAGGGUGAGAUCAAGAGGAAGUGGAGAAGGUGGCACCUGGAGAGGUUCCUGGGCUCCGGCGCCCAGUACCAGCACCCGUCUACGGGCAGCAAUGGCAACAACUUUUCCACUCAGAUCUCCAUGCUGACCCGGUGCAGCCCCAAAACUCAGCGCGCCUCCACCUGCAACGAGGACUCCUCCGUCACCCUCUAGCUCAGCAGAAUCAGUUAUCGUCUGUAGAUCCGCUCGUGCGGCGUCUUGUACGCGUCAGGUGCAAGAUUCUGUGAACUUCCUCUUGAUUCAGACAGCCUGAGGGUACCACAAGCACUUCGCCUCACAUUCUUUUAAGAUAUGAGCUACGGAUGGAGUGUUAAAAAGGUUUUUUUCAUAAAAUAACUUUCAUAAAGAU